UUGUCCAGCUUUCAGCGAGUCGAACGGUCGAGGUAGUGCAGACGACUCUCGGGUUUAUAUUCGUACCGGACCCCUCUCCUCGACCUGUCGGUCUAGAAUGGAUCCCGAGGAGGGGGCGGCCGCUUUGGCAAUGGCUACGGGGCCUCCGACGGAACGGCUUCAGGAGCCAGUGACCUUCCGGGACGUGGCUGUGGACUUCACUCGGGAGGAGUGGGGGCAGCUGGGCCCUGCCCAGAGGUCCCUGUAUCGUGACGUGAUGCUGGAGACCUUUGGGCAUCUGCUCUCUGUGGGACCCGAGCUUCCCAAACCUGAUGUCAUCUCCCAGCUGGAGCAAGGAACUGAGCUGUGGAUGGUGGAGAGAGGAAUUGCCCAGGGACGCUGUCCCGGCCGGGAGCCUGGACCUGAAAACCAAGCGCCAGCCACAGAGCAGGGCCUUCUUGCAGAGGAGCUGUCCUGCAUCGUGGAAAGGGAAGGCUUCCUGGGGGACACUGCCUGUCUCACCACUCAAGGAGGAGGCUGGGACUGUGAGGGCCAGGUCAAGGUGCCCGAGAAGGAUCAGGAUAGUUCCAGGCACUUGGAAUUUUGCCUUGAGGAGGCACCAGUUCAAGAUAAAAGCUAUGAAAGUCUCACACUUGGGGAAACCUGUCUCCCAAGUUCCAACCUCAACCUGUUCCCAGAGAUUCCUCAGAGAGAAGAUUUCUGUACUUCAGACUCACAGGUCGCAGAUUCAGAGGGUCAGUCACACUCUGUCAGUCAGCAGACAUGCUCUUCAGGCGAGCAGCCAGGUGACAGUGGUGACUGUAGUAGUACAGCCUCCCAUCUGGCUGUUCCCGAGGCAGAGCUCACACCAGGCCCCGUGCAAGAAAAACCCUACAAGUGCUCGGACUGCGGGAAGUCCUUCAACCACAAUGCGCACCUCACCGUGCACAGGAGGAUCCACACAGGGGAGAGGCCCUACAUGUGCAAGGAGUGCGGGAAGGCCUUCAGCCAGAACUCCUCGCUGGUGCAGCACGAGCGCAUCCACACGGGAGACAAGCCCUACAAGUGUGCAGAGUGCGGGAAGUCCUUCUGCCACAGCACGCACCUCACUGUGCACCGCAGGAUCCACACUGGUGAGAAGCCCUACGCGUGCCAGGACUGCGGAAGGGCCUUCAAUCAGAACUCCUCGCUGGGCCGCCACAAGCGGACCCACACUGGAGAGAAGCCAUAUACCUGCAGCGUGUGUGGGAAGUCCUUCUCACGAACCACAUGCCUGUUCCUACACCUGCGGACUCACACUGAAGAGCGGCCCUAUGAGUGCAACCACUGCGGCAAGGGCUUCCGGCACAGCUCCUCGCUGGCACAGCACCAGCGCAAGCAUGCUGGGGAGAAGCCCUACGAAUGCCGCCAGAGGCUGAUCUUUGCGCAGGCAGCUGCUCUCUCCAAGCACGAGUGGGCCUGCGACACGCCUGUGAAUCCAGGGGAGAGGGCUCAGCGGAGUGACAGGCCCUUCAAGUGCAGUCAGUGCGGCAAGUGCUUCAUUCAGAGCUCACACCUCAUCAGACACCAAGUGACUCACACCAGAGAAGAGCCUCGCGGGCGUAAUCGGAGGCGGAAGGAGCAGCCCCUGGGCCGCAGCUCUCAGCACGUGCACGCAGGUGAGGACCCUGGGGGCAGGCCGAAGGCAGGACAGCCUGCGAGCAGGGCACUUGCCCUCUUUGACAUCCAUGAAGUCAUGCAAGAGAAAAACCCAGUGCACGUUAUUGGGGUAGAAGAAACUUCAGCGGGCACUUCCGUGUUGUUGGACGUCAGAGACUCCACAUAGGGAGAAAGUGCAGAUAACUUUGAACCGCAGGUACAUAACUUGUAACUCCACGUGGGCUGUGCACCAACAGGGUCCCUGGGGGUAAGAAGGCCCAGGGUGACCUCUGACUUCCUAGGAAAGAUGCCUUCCUAAACACCUGAGAUUGGUGGUCCUCAGAUCCAUCAAGCUUGGUGCCUCCUUUAACCAGAUAUAUUGUACUGUUCCCUCCAUGACCCUGAAAUGAAUUUUAAACAUAAGGUCAAAAAAGUCAUCCUAUAGCCGUGUUUUGUAAAGGAUAAUUAAAACAAAAGCAAAUUA